CGGCCCCGGAUGUUGGCUGCUCCCGCUGCCGCCGCCGCUCUCGGCGCUGCUUCGGGCCCUGGCGGCUCACAACAGGCGCUAUUGGGACCCUUCUUAGGGGGCGGAGUCGCACGCAGCGGCCGGGGGCUCGGCCGGGCCGUCCCGGCCUGCGCAGCCUGAGAUUCUCUUUGUGGCCAGAUGGGUUUGUAUGGACAGACUUGUCCAUCUGUAACUUCAUUAAGGAUGACAUCUGAACUGGAGAGCAGCCUAACAUCUAUGGACUGGUUACCACAGCUCACCAUGAGAGCAGCCAUCCAAAAAUCUGAUGCGGCACAAAAUGCACACGGAACAGGAAUUUCUAAGAAGAAUGCACUCCUUGACCCAAAUACAACUCUAGACCAGGAAGAAGUUCAACAGCACAAAGAUGGGAAACCUCCAUAUAGUUAUGCCAGCCUCAUUACAUUUGCUAUUAAUAGCUCACCCAAAAAGAAAAUGACUUUAAGUGAGAUUUACCAGUGGAUUUGUGAUAACUUCCCAUAUUAUAGAGAGGCUGGCAGUGGUUGGAAGAAUUCCAUACGUCAUAAUCUGUCACUCAACAAAUGUUUCCUUAAAGUGCCUCGAUCCAAGGAUGACCCCGGAAAGGGAUCCUAUUGGGCAAUAGACACCAAUCCGAAGGAAGAUACGCUGCCUACUCGGCCAAAGAAGAGGGCACGCUCUGUAGAACGGGCCUCAACUCCAUAUAGCAUAGAUUCAGAUUCUUUGGGAAUGGAGUGUAUUAUUUCGGGAAGUGCCUCUCCAACUCUGGCAAUCAACACUGUGACUAACAAAGUAACAUUGUACAAUACGGAUCAGGAUGGUAGUGAUAGCCCACGCAGUAGCCUUAACAACAGUCUCUCAGACCAGAGUUUGGCAUCUGUUAAUUUGAACAGUGUUGGAAGUGUGCAUAGUUACACACCGGUGACAAACCAUCCAGAACCAGUCUCUCAGUCAUUAACUCCUCAGCAGCAGCCACAGUAUAACCUUCCAGACAAGCAACUACUUUUCUCAGAAUAUAAUUUUGAAGAUCUUAGUGCCUCAUUUCGGAGCCUUUACAAGUCAGUUUUUGAGCAGUCACUUAGUCAACAAGGGCUCAAGUGACUGCUUGGAUCCAUCUGAAUAAUCCAGAAUAAUCUGCCUAUAAAGGGUCACAGCCUUCAUUACAUCUGGAAAGUCCCUUUUUGUAUGUGAGGCAACAUAUUUACAUGGUCCAGGGGUGGAUGCCUGGACAUCUUUAGGGGGCCAUUUUGCCUAACACACUUCUCAUUCAAUUCUCCAUUCCUCUGAAUAAAGUAAUUGCCCCAAAGCCUGGCAGCACCUGACUGAACCCUGAUUUACUCUUUAACUCAUCCCCUACUUCUCCUAGCCAGUAAUGGCAAACUUUUAGAGCUUUCAAUGACACAAACGGCCACCGCAGCACACUUGCCAUAGAUUUGUCACCUAACCUCACCUGUGCUGUGCACAGGUCAUUCUCAGCCUCACUGAAGGCUGCCUUGUUUCUCUCCCUGAGGCUCUCUGGAAUCCAUCCUCCACUCCCACUCCAUGAUGUGGGACAUCUUGUUGUGCACACUCUGAAACCUACCUUAAGUGAACCUUGAGCCAAGAAGACCUCCGACAAUCAGAUUACCACCUCCACCCCCCAGCUAAACCAGAUGUCCCGGCCCAAAGAAACUCAAGAAAAAUAAUAAUAAUGAGGUGAAAAGUUAUUGUCCAUCUAGAAAAAUCAAGAGGAUCCCCUGAAAAACCAUUAGACCUAACAGGAAUUGAGAGGACUGGAUGCUUCUAUUUGUAACCUUGGAAUUUUGUUGUUGUUUUUAUGAAAGGACCUUACUAUGUUGCCCAGGUUGAUCUAAAACUCCUGGGCCCAAAUGAUCCUCCUGCCUCAGCCUCCCAAGCAGCUGGAAAUAAAGGAGUGGACCACCAUGGUCAGCUUAGAAUUGAUAGGAAAUUUAAUAAAGUAGGCCUUCUCCACAUCCAAAUAGAAAAUAUAAGGUGAAAAUAUUGCAUUUGGAUGACAAUAAAAUCUAUAAAAUACUUAAAACUUGGAAAGAAAUGAGUAAGGCUUUCGCCAAAGACAAAUCUGAGUAAACAAACAUAACAGGUUACUAAAAAUAUUCAAUACUGGAAAUGUGUCUGACCUCCUAAAAUGUCAGUUCCCGAUAAAUUAGUCUUGUCAAAAUCCAUGAUUUGAGGAUGAACAAGGUGGUGCACACCUGUAAUCCUAGCACUCAAGAGGCUGAGACAAAAGGAUCUUUGCUAGUUCAAGGCCAGCCUGAACUGCAUAGUGAAACACUAUCUUAAAAAGACACACCACAGGGGCUGGGGAUUUAGCUCAGCGGCAUAAGCACCUGCCUUGCAAGCAGGCGGUCCUGAGUUCAAUCCCUGGUACUGAUUACAAGUUAAAAGUUAAAAAAAAAAAAAAAAAAAAAGACACACCACACACACACACACACCACACAUACACACAAAUCCAUGAUUUGUUUUAUAUAGUACUUGGUCUGAAGAUUAUCUGAAGAGGGGCUGAGGAUUUAGCUCAGUGGUCUCCCUGGCAAGCGCAAAGUUGUGAGUUCAAACCCUGGUAUCAAAAACAAAAAACAGAUUAUCUGACGAGUUCAUACCUAGACCAAGAAAUUUUUUUCAUUGAAAAAUAAUGAAAUAAUCUAGAAACAAGUAGAAAAAGUGUGGUGGUAGUCGGGGGAGGCAAAAUUCAGUUUCUUCUACAUGUUCACAAUACCUUUUUUUUUCUUUUUUGGUACUGGUAAUUGAACUCAGGACUUCAGGUUUGCCAAGCAGGUGCUGCACCACUGAGCUAAAUUUCCGGCCUCAACAAUUUUUUUCUUUUACAUUGACCAGGCUGGCCCCAGACUCCAGACCCUCCUGCCUCAGACUAUGAAGUGCUGGGCUUACAGGUAGAUGCAGGUACACAGGUAACAACACAUUUUGACAGCAGGCCCUGUGUAUGUGGGUUUGUCCCCACCCAUCAAGCAAGCAGUGACCCAGUCACAGAUACCAGUUGGGUGUCCUCUAACCCAGUUCUCUUCUGAAAUCAUCCACCUGGAGUUUCCUGUCUUAGUUACUUUUCUCAUUGCUAAGACAAAGUACCUAACACCCAAAGUUAAAGGGAGAAAGGUUUGUUUAGGUCAGCGCAUAGUUGACUGGCUCCAAGGCAGGGUGGCAGAGAAGAAACAGCUCAUCGUGGGCACAAGCAAGGGACAAGACAAGUCUCUUUCUGUCCCUUAUACUGUGCCCAAGCUACCAGGAUUUGGGCAGUGCCAAAUCAACCAGUGGGCUGAUUUAGUAAUCAUCCACCCUUAAACGUAGCACCCUGAAUCCUAGCAAUUAUGAAUCAAUCACACACUCUGCAUUAGCCACCUCUGAAAAGCCCCACCUAUGACCACAGGAGGCUUUGCGGGGACACCUAGAUACAAAUCAUAAAACAUGAGAUCCCACAAAUUGAAAGCUCAGUUCCAAAAGACUCUCCAACCACUUCAGAUGCCAGUCACAAGUCCCAGGUCACUAAUCUAUAGUUCUGACCCACUUAAAAAAAAUCAAUAAUAUCACAACUCCCUCUAGGUUUAACCAAUUUGCCAGAGCAAAUCACAGAACUCAGGGACACAUUUAUUCAUAUUUACUAGUUUAUUACAAAGGUAUCACGAAAUAUACACAUUAAGAGAUAUACAGGGUAAGGGCUGGGAGAAAGAACCCAGAGCUUCCAUUUCUUCUUUGGGGAUGCCAACCGAGGAAUCUUCGCGAGUUCUGCCAUCUGGAAGUUCUGUGAACUCUGUCCUUCUUUAUUCACAAAGGUUUCAUUACUGAUUACAUCAGCGGUCAUGAGUGACUGACUUAAUCUACCUUCCUUUGCUGAAGACUGGACAAUGGGGAAAUUUCCAGCAAUGACUGCUACCUAAGUCUUUCAGAUCAGCCCCUAACGUACUCAAAUCCUUACCUUGCCCUGAUCCCAUCCUGCCCUGACCCUAACCCUUGGGGCUGCCAGACCCAGUCAACUCUCUAGCAUCCAUAAAGAGAUCACUCUGGAGAUCCCAAAAGUCUUACGAGUUCUAUGCUAGGAAAGAGGAUAAAGAUCAAAUACGUAUUUCACAAUAUCUCACAAGAAAAUUUGUCUUCUCAAAUUCAAAACCAACUAAAAGCUGUAACUAUUAAGAUAGCGUGUACUGAGACAGGCACAGACAAUGGAAGAGCCUAGAAAUUAGCUCUCGCAUAUAGAUACACACAAAUAUAUGCCAGAAUACUUGAUAUACAUAUAUAUCAAUUCAUCUUAUGAUAAGCAUAUAAGUAUAAAAAAGGGCGAGGCAGGCCUGAGAGGCUACAUAGCUAACCUCAGCAGGUUGCUCUGGGGAAUAGGAUGGGAAUAUGCGAAGUGAUCGUGAUCUUGGGGAAAACUUCACUUCCCUUUAUAGACUUUCGUGCAGUCACAAGUAUUACCUCCAUAAUUUUUUUGUUAUUAAAAAAUAAACAACACAUUGUAAAAGUGGAAGUUGGUAAAUUCUUUGGGGAGUAAUUUGGAAGUUAUCUAUUGAAAUUCACAGCACUCAUCACCCUGACCCAGCACUUUAUGGCUUUUCCCUCAAGCAAUACUUCAACACGCAGGAAAAGGUGCAUACAGGGUGCUCCUUAGUAACCCUGACUACGGGAGCAAAACAAUCUGACCAGUGUGAGUGCCCACCAACUGGGAGCCAACAAACAAAUGACAGUGCGUCUCCCCAGUGCUGCAGUGGCAGUGCUGACGGCAAACCACAAACAGAGAGAUACUGGAGGAAGUUCAAGGACGGCAAUUUUAUACCCUUGUGAUCCGCUUGUGAGCAGGGUUUAAAGGCAUCACAAGGAAAAAUCAAGCACCCAGAGACUAGCAGUGGUAAGAAGCUGUUUCUAAUCUUUGGACUGAAAGGGCAAGAGGAGAGAAGGGUGUCAUCCCUGCAGGCCAACAAAAGCUGACUGGGGAGAGAGAGACAAGGCUGCCCAGCGGCAGCAGUGGUAGGCGGAGCAUGGCUGCUACUAGGACUGUGGCAAGGUGCAUAGCAGGGUAAACAGUACCAUGAUCUCUCCCACCUCUUGUCCUCUUAUGAACUAUUAGUGCAUUUUAUCAACUAAUUCAAGUGGAAGCAAAGGAUAAGGGAGUUGGAUGUUGCUGUUCGCAGGAGGUCAGCGUCUAGUGCACAGAGGAAAGAAGUUUGAUGAUGACUCUGAGGUCAGGGAGUACAGAAAAUGAUGCAUUAGUCAGAAAGCAUGAACUAUGUACCAACAAGGAGAAAAUGCCUAGCACAGACUGCUAAGCGAAAAAGUUAGUUCUGGGCUAGUAUGUCUGGCAACAACAAGGACAACAGCAUCAUUCAAAACAUAAGCACAAAGCACAUAUAUACAAGAAUAGGCACCAAACUACUGAAAACCAUUACUGCUGAAAAGUGGGCUUUGAAAGGAUGCUUUUCACAAUCUAUUUACUCAUAUACAUAAUUUUUAUAUUUAUAAAAAAAGCUAGGGCUAUGGAUUUAGCUCAGCAGCCUAAGCUGCCUGGCAAGCACAAGGUUGAGUUUGAUCCCCAGUACCUAAAAUAACAUAACUUAAUGUAACAUAAAAAAAUAAUAUAAAGUAACUUAAAAGUAAAAAACAUAACGUAACAAAAUAACAACAUAAAAUGAAAUAGCAAAUGUACAAUGUUUUCAAAAUAAAAUAGAAAUCAGAGAAUUGCAUUUCCAACAAGACAAAGGAUCAGGUAUUUUCAGGAUCAAACUUUUGAAAAUAACUAAAAAUUUAGGUAGAAUCAGACUGCCUACAAAAAUGCAAUGGUUCUUGGAAAGUUUUUACUUUCCCUGUAGAACAGGGCUGAAAUGGCUGGUGUCACCUUCUGUCUUGAAUGCAGAUGUGACAUCUAAACUGUCACAGUCUGUUAGUAACCAUAGCCCAAGGCUCUAGUGGACACACAACAGUCAAUAAAUUUACUCAUUCUUUCAACAAAUGUGACGGUGACAUGGCUGAGCCAAUCCACUAUUUUGUCUUUUCCACUUAGAAAUGGGAACUUUAAAUGAAGCAAGUAGAAGAAACCGAUUUUCAAAAGUGGACAAUAUAUAAAGGUACAAAUAAGAACGCAGAAGUUCAAGCCGCUAAGAUAAGAACAAGAAUAUUCAAAGAUUUUUUUUUUUAAAUCUCAUUUCUGUCAGGCAUGGUGGCACACACCUGUAAUCUUAGCACUCAGGAGGCUGAGGCAGGAGGGUUGUCACAAAUGUGAAGCCAGUUUGGACCACUUAAUGAGUUCAAAGCCUAAAAUACAUAGUGAGAACUUGUCUCAAAAACAAAACAAAAAAGAGGAAUAUCAUUUCAAAUUCAGUACUAGGCCAAACUUUUGACAAACUUUCUAGUGAUAGGAUUAUGACAGAGAAAAAGAUAAUUAUGCACUGCUGGUGGUGGAAGAGAUUUAGUAACAACAGAAUUGCACAGGCUUUUUAUACUUUAACCAGUCUCACUUCUAAGAAAAUAUUCCAAAGUCCACUGACAAAAAUACAAAAUCUUAAGGGUUUGUAGUGUCACUUUAUGAAUGUCAUUCUAAAUACUUUAAUCCUAUAACAUGAACAGCUAUUUCUAAGAUGACAAUGUGUAACUUAUCAACCAGCAAUUUCUUACCGUUUGUUUUUCUGUAAGUUUGUAUUAUUUCUACCUUUUUUUUAUCUCCAUGUAUUCUUUUGUUUCCUUUUCUUUAAAUAAAAAAAAAUACAAAAUCUUAUCAAAAUGACUAUUUAUUACAUACAGCACUUUUUGCAACAUAACAGAGUAAGUCUAAGUCUUCCAACUGUCCUUCAAGAGGAUCAUGAACUAUGGUACACUCACAAAAUGAAGUAUUAUACAACCACAAAAAGCACAGAGCCCUUGCCUUCUCCUUUCUAUAUAACUCAAUUUCAAAAGCAUUAGGCUUGAGGGACAAAACAAGGUAGGCACACAUGCCUAGGGCAAAGGGGCAUGGAGGACAUCUGACCAUGUGAGGGGUCAGGACAUGGAGUAACAGGAAAUUUAGGGCUGACCACAGAAAUAAUUAAAAUGGCAGGAGGAUUUCCCAGUGAUGGGGAAGGGAGUUACAAAUACGGAAAGGGAAAAACUAGAAUUCAUUCUUGGUAUUUACCAGAAUUGGAGGUAUCAGUGUAAACUGAUGGUUUGGUUGGUUGCUUGCUUGCUUGGUUUUGAGACAGGGUCUCACUCUGUAGUGAGAUCAAGGAUGACCUUGAUCUCACUAUACAGCCCAGGCUGGCCUCAAACUUGUGAUCCUUCUACCUCAGUCUCCUGAAUGCUGUGUGUGUUCCACCACACUUGCCUUGAUGAUUUUCAAUAUAUAAAGACAUAAAAAUAAAUACAGACGCAGGUAGCAUAUGUGCACAUAUAUGGAUACAUUCAAUCUGUCCACUGAAAGGACACAAAAUCAGUCGUUAUAUCCAAUAGCAAUGAGCAUAUAUAGCAUCAAGGUGUUGGGCUUUAUUUCACUGUUAUAGAAAGCAGGGAUCCCCAAAAGAAUGGCUGGCUUCACACUUGAUGCAGAACAGGCAUACGAUAAGCCUGGAUCAUCUUCUGUCUAAAAGUAAAAAAGUGCUCAGAGCGAGAAUAUGUCAAAAGAAGAAAAAAGCCAGCUUUGAGGGUCAUAUUCUGGCCAGAUCUAGAACAAUUGAACAUCAAGAUAAAUACUCAUGAUAAUAAUGAAUUGCAAUCCAUUAAAUAAGAACUUCAUAAAUAUUAAUAGAAAGUUCUCUUUGGAGUGAAAUGCCAACUAAUGAAUGUAGAAGGAACAGUAUAAUGACAUGUAAAGUUACCAUUUAGCAACAAUUAGAGUAAUAAUUCAGCUAAAAACACCAAAAUUAAUGGGUAAAAGUUUUAUGAGAACUAGUAUAUUAUAUGGUUUUUAAGUAACUCCUCAGAAAAUAUUUAUUAGUUGCAAAGGGGAAAAGAGUAACUUCACAAUAAGGAAAUCUGCAGAUAUCAUCCCAGACUAGCCAAAGGAUAUAUGGGAAUUAUUUGCAAUGUCUCUGCAACCUUUUUUGUAAGCCUUAAAUUAUUUCAAAAUGAAGAAUUAAAAAGGAAAAAUAGUUUCAAAGUAAAUGUUCAAAAUAACCUGUUUAAAUACUUAAACAAAUGAAAGUUUACAUGGUUACUUAAAAUGUUGCUUAUGAAAAAAUUUAAUGAUAUAGGGAAAGGGUUUUUGUUUGUUUGUUUUUUGUUUUAUUUGUUUGAUAGGCACCAGGGAUCAAACUCACAACCUCACAGUUGCCAGGCAAGUGCUGGCACCGCUGAGCUAAAUUCCCAGCCCUAAGGGAAAUGUUACGAUAGUGUUGAAUGAAAAAGCUGAUGUGCAUCAGUUGAGGAUAUGGUUCAGUGGUAGAAGGCUCUCCUAACAUGAAUAAGGCUCUGGAUCUGACCCAUAGCACCAAAGAAAAGAACUGAUCUAAAUAUAAUAUGCUCAACUAUGAAAAAUAACAGUGGAUCUUUUACUUACAAAUCAAUUCAUCAUGAGGGCUGGCUGUAACUGGUUAUAAGUCAAGACUGUUUUUCCCAUAAUAAUGGAAAUACCCAUAAUUUUGUUGUGUUCUACAAAGCAACCCUUAACCUUUUCAUAAUAAACAAAAGGGUGUAUGUGUGAUCAAUAAUUUUCCUAUUAUAGUCACUAAAAAAUUAUAAAAUGUGCCUAGUUUACCAGAAACAACAAUUUCAUACUACACUCACCACUCAAGUUGACAUCUUUGGCUUGCAGAAAGAGAGGAUAAAAUGGCAAGUGCUUAGCGUUUGAACAGAGAGUCCCCAUCCAUAAGAACAUCAGGAAUCUGGCUCUCUGGUGUCCUUCCUCUCUGUAGCCCACUAGGAUCUGCUUCUGGCUCACUAGGUCUCAAUCUUUUCAGAACUAGAAACUUGUUUAAUUUGUCUGUUUCUACCUUUUCUUCAAUACUGCUCUGUAGUAUGACAUGACACUGUCAUUAAGCAAGUGAACUCAAUGACUGGCUUUUUCUCUGGGUACUCUUCUCUACAAAUGUUUGUAGCUCUUUUUUUUUUUUUUUUUUUUUUUUUUUUUUUUUGUCUUUUUCCUUUUUAUCGGUACCGGGGAUCGAACUCAUGACUGCCUGCUUGAAAGGCAGGCGCUUAUGCCGCUGAGCUAAAUCCCUAGCCCCCAACUCUGUCCAUCUUUUCAGAAUUUCCUUUAUUUCAGAAGAAGGGAAUGGCUACACUGACUGUUGAUGCUCCCCCUCCUCUUCAGAAAGCUCCUCAGCUGCCAUUCUCUGCUGCUCAGCCAGAAGUUGCUGAAGUUUUUCUGUAGAUUAUUCCUCUGUAUUCCUCAGCCAGUUCCCCACCAUCACUGUUACCUGCAAGCCUAUGGACUCUGCUACAGUGAUCUUGUCAUCAACCACAGGGCCAAUUUAAAGCUGAGGUGCCUCUACACAGCCUUCAAAGUGCUUCUCUUGUAUAAUUUUAGACCACACUUUCGUCCAGGCAGAUCUCAGGGUCCUUAGAGACAGACUGGCCUAGGAUUUCUCAGUUAACCCUGUACAGGAAAGAACAUUGUAAUGUUCCUUCCAGAACUCUUUAAGGGUUAACUCUGUAUCAGAGACCAUCUGGAAGCACCUCAGAUAUAUAGCAUCUAAAAGACUGCUGUAGAAGAGUUUUAUUAGGUGGGAGGAACUUGACCUCAAGCCAUAGGAAUUUUUAGCCAAUUCUUCCAAAUCUUGUGAGUGAACAGGAGCACUGCCCAUGAUGAGACGAGCCUUGAGUGGUAAGCCUUUGUCCUUCUACAAAUCUUGGCUCUAUAAGACUGCUGAGGUGGUAGGCCGGGGAUUUGGCUCAGUGGCACAAAAGUGUACCUGCGAAGUGUUAGGUUGUGAGUUCAAUCCCCAGUACCCGCCCCCCAAAGAAAGAUUAUUGAGAUGGUGAAUUUCAACAUGCUGUGCAUAUCAGCAAGAUGGGUCACAUGAACACCAUGCAUACUUCUCCACAAUUCCCUUCUUUUCUAUUGUGAUUGCUUCCUUUACCUUCCCUUCCGUACCUUCUUUUCUAGCUUUUUGGGGGCUAUUUUGAUAGCAAUAAUCAUAGCGAUUAAAUAAAGCACUAACCAAAAUCACAUCUACAAACAUGCAUGCAGGCUCAGACUGAUGUUUACAUGCACUGACAUCCUUUUCUAGCCUCAUGAGUCUUUGUUUGCAAAUGCACAAGUGACUGACAUUCAGGUUGUAAUUCAAGACUUUGGUCCUAGGUUAAACCUAAAAUUCCAGUUGCAACCCAAGGUAUUUGUGUAUGAGGCCAGUUGUAACUUAAGGAUCCACUGUAGUAAAGACCAGAAAACAUAAAAAUGCUGACAGAUGAAAGAAGAGCAAUUCAGCUGCUCCUCUUCAUUCUCACCCACUACAUAUGUAUUAUUCAGCUUUUCCACUGCUGAGACAAAAUAUCUGACAUAUGCACUUUAAAGAAGAAAAGACUUAAUUUGGCUAAUAGUUUCCGAGACUUCAGUUCAUGGUUGAGCAGCUCCAAGGCAGAAUGUCACCAUUUUUGGAUCAGGUCUUUAAAUUUGAGAAUUCUGAUUUUUAUGAGUUCUUUAUAUAUGCUAGAUAUUACUCCUUUGUCUGAGGUAUACAGCUGGCAAAAAAAUUUUUCCACACUAUACGUUGUCUCUUCACUUUGCUGCUGAUUUCUCUUGCUGUGCAAAAGCUUUUUAAUAAGAUGAGGUCACAGUUGUUGAUUCUUUGUGAUAGUUCCUAUAUGAACAGAGUUUGGUCAUAAACUCUUUGCUUAAAACAAUGUCCUCAAGAGUUCUACAUAUUCUAUCUUCUAGCACUGUUUCUGAUUUAAUAUUCAAAGCUUGCUCCAUUUCGAUUUUAGUUUAGUAUAUGGUGAGAGAUAGGGGUUUAGCUUUAAUCUUCAGCACCUGGAAAGCCACAUUUUCCAGAACCAUAUAUUAAGGCUACUAUUCUUCCAGUGUCAUGGUUGAUGUCUGUGUCCCCCAGGCCUCAUGAGUUUACACUGUGCACUUGUGAUGGUUCAUUGUCUAGUGCUUGGAUUGAUGGUGUCAGUGCUACACCCACACAGGGGUGGAGCCAGGAUGUGAUGUAAUGGCAGGAAGAAGGUGUGUCUUGCUCUUUGCUGGUUCCUGCUUGCUGUUUGCAGCCACCAUGAACUGCCGUCCAGCCAUGCCAGCCUGCCUUGGAGCCAACUGAGUGUGGACUGAAACCUCCAAAAACUAUAAGAAAUAAAUCUUUCCUUUCCCAACUUGGGCUUCAGGUAUUUUGUCUCAGCAACGAGUAAAAAGUAACAAGACAUCCAGUAAAGGUGUUUGGCUCCUUUGUCAAAGACAAGGUAGCUGAGUGUGUUUGGAGUUGUUUCUGUGUCUUUUAAUCCAUCAAUCUGCAGGUCUGCUUUUUUGCCAGUACCAUGCUAUUAUCACAGUAGCUCUGUAGUAUAAUUUCAAGUCAGAGGCUAUGAUGUACCCUGCCUUGACUGUAUUGCCCAAUAUUGUUUUUGCUAUUCUAAGUCUCUCCAAGGUCCAAAUGAAUUUUAGGAUUGCUUUUUCUAAUUCUGUGAAAUAUGCUGUUGGAAUGUUGAUCAGGAUUGCAUUAAAUACGUAUAACAAUUUGGGGAGUAAGACCACUUUUACUACACUGGCUCUUCCUACCCAAGCACAAGGGUUAGCGUUCCUUUCCUUUUUUUUUUUUUUUUUUUUUUUCUUUUUUGUACCUGGCAUUGAACUCACAACCCCGUGUUUGUCAGGCAGGCACUUAACUGCUGAGCCAAAUCCCCGCCCUUAUCUUCCCAUUUUUUGAUACCCUUUCGAACUCCUUUUUCAGAGUACUAUAGUUUUCAGUAUAGAGGUCUCUUACUUUCUUCAUCAGAUUGAUUCUUCCGUGCCCUGAAGCCCUCCAUUCCUCCGCUUCUCUCCAUCAUCCUAUUUCAAAACUCUAUAAUUCAUUUGGACUCAUGAAACAGCUUCCUAAUAAGUCUGGUACCUCCGUUCCUGCCCCUCUCUGUGAGCACAAAGCAAUCAAUAUAUGGUUUACUCCAGACUUAAACUUCACAAACUUCCCACUACCCUUACAAUACAGUCCUAAUCCCACUUCAGACUUAUCUUUCUUAUACCUCACCUCUUAUGAAUUACCAAUACUGCACCUCUAGUGUUUUCAACUUACCAUUCUCUCCUAAGCUCAGAUCAUGGUCCCCACGACCUCACUGUUUCCACUAACAAACUCCUAUUCCCUUUUAAAUCUCAGCUUAAAGGUUCAUCCAUUCCACAGGGAAGCAUUACCUGUCUACACAUUUCAGGUUAGGUAAGAAUUUCUAUUGGUAAUGCCUGCUGUGCCUAAUACAGCCCUACCCUUUUUGAUAGUACAAAAAUUUUUGAAGUAUUUACAAAAAUUUAGCAUUUACUUUCUGACUCUUCCAGGCAAGAAAAGUGUGGCUUACCAUUUUACUCCUGGUAGGUGCUCAAAAGCUACCUGUUUACUAACUGAUGAUUCAUUUAUAGCAUGCUUAAAGAGAGCUAAAAAGCUACAUGAAGCUAAUUACCUUAAUUUCCCAUAAAAAGAAAACUCUGCUAGGUAUGGUGGCUGGUGAAAUCCCAGCUUCCUGAGGAUUGCUGCAAGUUUGAGGCCAGCCUGGGCUAUACAAUGAGUUCACGGCUAGCCUGGAGCACAGAGACCCUGUCUCAAAAAACAAAAAAUGGGGCUGGGGACACAGCUCAGCAGAACGGUGCCUGACUGGCAAGCAUGAGGUCCUGAGUUCAACUCACAAGUUAAAAAAAAGUGCAAGAACCUAAACCAAUAUAAACAAACCGCACUAACAAGUCUUGCUAUUCCUAAAAUAUCCUACAACAUUAUUUUCUGAACUAUAUCUGGCAACAACAAUUUCUAGAUUAGUCUAAAAUAUCAGUUUUGCUUCUUUUCAAAUGUCAGCCAUAAUGGAUAUGAACUCAACUAUGACAAAAUCAUGUAGAGCAAAAAAUCACAAAGGACUUCUAAGGUAUACCUUUGUGAAUAUUUCUGAGGCAAGGAAAUUAGAAGUUAGGGUCCAGGGUGGGCAGUGCACGCCUGUAAUCCCAGCACUCAGAGUCCAAGGCAAGAGGUCACCACAAACUCAAGACCAGCCUGGGCUACAAAGUGAGUUCAAGGCCAGCCUGAACUGCAUAGUGAGAGCCCGUCUCUAAAAGACCAAAAAAAAAAGGAAAGAAAGAAAAUUAGAAGUUCCAAAACAGUUACUGAAAUGCUUUUUCUUUUAUUUAUUUAUUUGGGGGGGGGGGUUACUGGGGAUCAAACUUACGACCUUGCCAGGGGCAUUUGUACUGCUAAGCUAUUAUCUCCAACCAAAAAUGCUCAUGUUUAAAAAAAAAUUUUUUUGUUUUUGCUGAACAUACCACUGCUAUUCAGACUAUGCAUGACCAAGCAAACUUAAGCAGUUAAUUCACAUGAAAUUAUUUUACUCAGAACUAUAAGCUUUAAUUACAAGUAACUGUGAGGAAUAAAACAAUCUUGCCAAUAUUCAUAUAGCAGUUACUAUGAAUCAGCCUGAGCUUUAAGAUUUUUGCGUGAUUUAACUUGCUAAAUCUUAUCAAGCCUAUAAAGUGAUUUCCCUUUUUUUACAGUUAGAAAAAAAAAAAAAAAACUUAA